CCCGGCCUGUGGGGGCGGGAGGCCCCGGGAGGGCCCUUGGGGACACGAGGCCCCCUGGGGACACGAGGGAGCCCCCCCCAGCCCCCUGCUGCGGUGUCACGGAGCGGUGGCCCCGGGGUGAUGCUGGGACUGGGAGAUGUGCCCGGGGUCAGAGCCCCGCCGGGGGCUGUGUGGGGGACGGGGAGGUCCCGAGGGGCUGGGGGGCUCCCCAGCUGGCCCCCGCCUCGCCCGGAGCUGCGUGGGGGCCUUUGGGGAGAGCUGCGGCCCCGGGAGCGGGGAGCCGUGGCCGUGGAGCACAGCAACGGGACGUGGCUGCCGGCGUUGGUGUCAGAACAACUUAGUUUCUGCUAGCAGCGUGAGCUUAAUUAAACUCAAUCGAGCCGCUUGAUGAGUAUCGAUGAUGUGUUCCGCACAAUUUCGUGGUACUUCUGGUUCCGUAGAGUUAAUCUGGUCGUCGCCUGUAAGAAGUUGUUGAGGGACAAAAAGCCUUCUCCAGGUCACAGAACGAAGGCAACUGUGCCUGCCUUGUCUCAUGUGUUUGGUACGGUGGAUGACAUUAACGGCUGGGUUCAGGCAUCUUAAGGCUUGCCCAACUUCCCCGUGUUAUUACACCAGAGAUAGGGGUGGUGUGGAUGAAGGAUUAGUCCAGAUUUUCCAGAUCCAAAGGAGUUUUUGCCUUGCGUAGUGAGCUUUUGCUCAUCUGUAGAUAACGAGGUCAUUGAGUGAGUAUUUCAACACUAUAAUCCAUCAAGCAAUUUGAAGAAAUCACUGGACAAGAGCCUACAUGCAUGUUUUCCACUUAAAGGUGCCCUGAGAAGAAGUUCUUCUGAGGAGCUGGAGGCUGGUUUAUCCUUUCUCUUUGGCUCUCCCAUGAUCGCCUUUGGUGGAUAGCCCAAGAAAGUUCUUGUGGUGGGUGCGAGUUUCUCUUGAAAUGGCCAGCCAGCCCGAGGGGCGGUGUGGUGGCGCAGCAGGAUUUGCUGGGGAGCAGGGCGGAGAGGCUGACUCCGGGGCUGCGAUUAGGCUGAUAGGACUGAAUUGUUACUGGUUGCUCAAUGCAGGGUGCUCUGGUGAAAUUCUUGGUCUCCACCGCCAAUGGACAUGCUGAUGGAUUUACAGCGGUAGGAGGGAGCAGUGAAAAAUGGUACUUUCCUGAAGCUGAAUGGACAGUUAGGGCCAGCUGUGGAGGUUCAGAGCACCUCUGCUGAAACCGCUGAGCUUAAGGACCGGAGCACGUGGCAGCUGGCAGCGCACGGUGUCCCGUGGUUCCUCACCUUUUACAAAUGUGCUGAAGUUCACUGAGGCUGCGUUUAUGGCCAAACUUCCCCACGCAAUAUACUGUGGAUGGAAGUUCUGAGAGCAGCUGGGAUCCUCAUCUCAGAGCUUUACAGCUGAGGUCUCCGAGGUUUUAGGAGAUAAGCUGCUAUCUCUGUAGCCUGCCAUUCAUAUUGCACCAAGUUUUAUGUAACGUCUACUGAAACUGCUGCGCACCUUGUGAUAGCCAAGAAGGCUCGUGAGUGUUAUGUAUUUGGAUGCAUUGGUGGAAUGAGUUACUCAGGAUGUUUAGGAACUUGGUGGGUGAAUAUUCUUGAUUUGAAAGAAUGCUUGCGUAAAGAAGAACAUGUACCUUGAGCUUGCUUUCUUGCUGUUUCCCUUUGUUGCAAGGACUUGCUGUGAUAUGAGGUGGCUCAACAUUGGCAUUUUAAAUAUAAUUUUAGUAGGCAAGUGAGCCUGUGGGAGUGUAAAGAUGUGGUGGGAGAGAAACGCUUAAUUGUGAUGACUUACUAAGAAAAGUCCUGUUACUGGGAUAAGAACAUGUCCUUAGCAUAGCAUUUGUAAAUUGUUUUCUAGCAAAAUGCAAAAAAGAUUCCAACGUGCUGCCAAAAAUUUGAAAGCACUAGCUCUGUAAACAAGGCAUACCCCAACCAACAAACUUGGCUUCUUGUCUGCAUAAGCUGUGCAGGGACAGCAGAGUGAGUUUUGAUGCGGUGCUAUUCCUGAAUGGGUGGCUGGCAUCAGAGAUUUGGUUUGCCCAGCUCUGCACCUGGACGCUCCCCGAGUGUUUGGGUAAGGCUCUGCCUUCUGGUGCUUGAAGCCAAAACUGAAAGGCGAUGCUGGAGCUGGGCACUGAGAUAAGGAUGCACCUCAUCUAAAUCUGACAUACUACCACCCGGAUUGGAAAUGGCAACCAAAAUUUGUAAGAUACUUGGUGAUUUAUUCUAUUUUUUGACUUCUGGGGUUUUUCCUCUCGUCACUUGUUUAUCAUGCGGAGCUCUCACGCUCCCCUAUUGCAAGUUCCCAUCUCCGCCUCAUUUGCAGUGCAGCUGUGUUCUCUUGGUGGCUAAAAAUAGAAGGUGUAGAUUUAGUUCUCUUUCGUAGAAGGGAAGGAGAAAUCUUAGAAAGUUUGAGUUCACCAGCAGAUAAUUCUUGUGUUGUUUCUGUUCAGGGCAUCUAGAGAUGCGCUUUGUUCUUCUUUAUUCUUUAGUGUUUUGCAUUUCCAAACUGAUCUCACUUUGUAGGUUUGGGUGUUGAAUAUGUGAUCAGAAAGCGAAGACCUUUCUUUGUUCCUCUAGAAAAUAAGAACUUGAGAGAACAUUAUUAUAACCCCAUGUUGCAACUUUCAGUGUGAAAAUAUGCUUCCAAAAGCAAGUGUGAUUUUUGGGAAGAUUUUUUUUUUUUUAAUUUUAAGGUAAGCACCACCUCCAGCUGGUUGAAGGAACCAAGGAGGAGUUGCAAAGGGAAAAUUCUAUCCAUUGUCUUCUGCCUUAGCUCUGACUUUGUAGCCAUUUCCUAUGAUCUGACAAGUUCUGUUGAAUAUCUGAGUACAGGUAAUGGUUUCACCGCUUGACAAUCUGUGUGUACCGUCUGUGGGAGAACACCGAGGGAUUCAGGUCCUUCUGCUAAUAUUAAAGGAACUGCACUCCUGGUUUUAAUAAUUUUACAAGCUUUUUUCAUUUACAUCUCUGGAGGAAAGUUUGUAAAAUGCUUUUAAUAAUAACUGUAUACUUGAAAUAGCAGGAUGACUCACACGAUAGAUUUGUCAGGUUAUCUUUAUUGAUCCCAAACGAUAUUGUGUGCCCUAUUCUGAAAUGUAAGUCCAAUCUAAACUUGGUGAAUUUGGUAAUUCCACUUUCAUUUACACAAAUGUCAGAACCACUUUAUUUUGGAAGAAAACAUCCACCUUGCAAGUAUGGGUGAUGCCGUACCUGGUACAGAUGGUCCACAUACAACAUUUUCCCCCUCAAGCAUUCAGGCCCCCAGCUUGUACAUGUGCAGAUCCAGAGUGCUGCCCAGCCCCAAGCUGCAUGUCAAGGGCUUGUUCCAUGGCUACGAUGCUCCUGCUUGGGAUGGAUUUGUAAUCUGUUUUAAAACACAUAAAAAGGCGUGAAUUAAGAGCAAGAGGUUGAAUUGUGAGGCCUCGCCUCCCUCAGCUGAAAGGCGAGCUGUUUCGGGUGGUUCCCAAAAGUAAUGUUUUACUAGAAAGCAGCGUGAGGCAACAUGCAGCCAGCAUGUGUUCCUUGCUGUGCAGGAGUUCACCAGAAUAAGUGCCAUUUAUUCUAUAAAUAAAUCAAAUGAGCCUAUAUUCUGUAACUUUCCACAGAGCAGACUUGUAUUAUAUUGGCAGGUUAGCUGAGUGAAAACAACAUUGACAGAUUGUUCGGCUUGUAGGAAAAAUAUUUCCUUGUAGAGGUGCACGGGAACAGACCUGUGCGUCACAAGCGUUUCUAAAUUCCAAAUGUUUGCUACGAUGAAAAAAAUCAAAACAAUUCCUCUUGGACGCAUGCUUCUUUAAUAGCAGAGGACAGCAUGUGGUACUGUUUUUUGGAACAGAAAAAUCAAAUGACAAGCUGAGAACCGCUCUCCCUCCCCUUUUGAGGGUUAGAAUCCCAUAGGAGCAGGAAGAUACCAAUGCGUUAGUGCUUAAGAGUGGAAAAUACAACUGCCGUUUAUAAAUACUGUCACUUAUUUUGCUGUCUACUGGUUUAAUCUCUAGAAUAGCUUCUACUAGCUGGUCUGUGGCUCUCUGGACUGUGGCCUCACAGAGUGUUGGGUGGGAGAAGAGGCACAAUUAUAAACUGCCCAAGAGUAAGCACCGCGUCAAGCAGCAGAAUUUUUGAAGGCUGUUUUGUUUAGAGUCUCCAUUACAUGGCUUCUUUGGUGUCUGAUCACGUAAUCUUGCUGAAUGUAGCAGGAAUUGGUCCAGAGGUUGAAAAUUAGGGAUAGUGGGAAUUAGAGGAGAGAACAGAGAGCACAGGGUACGCGUACAGAAUGCAUUGGUGUAGGCCUGUUUCUGUAGGAUCACAAGGUCAAAUUCACAGUUGUGGUGAUACUGUAAAAUAACAUACAACAAAACAAUACAGUACAGGGCGUGCAAGUUGCUGUCAGAACCUCCUCACUGAUGGUGCUGAAGUCUGCCUGCUUUUGACUGCUUCCAAACUGCUUCUCAGCUGUCUUUGAGAUGUGUUUUGCUGUAUAUAAUGCUCGGAGAAUGAAAGUGUGAGUGAAGAUCAAAAUGGUAAGGACAUCUACCAAGUAUUCUGAAGGACUUCUCUCUCUGAAAGACUGACGUUUCUGAUCCUCUAUCCUUUUAGGUACAGAUCACGGUUUGUUUUUCUUUGUCUCCUUUCUAUUCCACAGUUCCAGGUGUCUUUCUUUAUCUCGUUGAGGCUCGUUCUAUUUUAGCUCUAGCUGAUCGUUCUACUUGCAUUUAUGGAAGUCAAAUUCGCUGAUGUGUCCUUCCUCAUCCUUCUAAAAAGGGCCAGAAGAAAUGGUGUAAUUUCUGUAGGUUUGCUUACAUCUCCUGCCUUUCCCAGUUGUGGACAGUCUUCUAAAAAUAUUUUUAAUAAGUAUUGUUGCUGUAAGCUCUGUUUGGACCAGUGUUUUCUGUCAAAGCGGUUAACACGGAGCUGAAAUUUUCUUUACCUAAAACACAUUUUGAGACAAUUUUUGGCUACUAAUUGUUACCCUUUUGUGCAAGAUGCUGGGUGCAUUGAGAACCUCAAGAGGAAGAGAUGUUGAAUACUGUAUUUCACUUGACAUGGCCAGUCUGAAUGAUGGCAGUGCUGCCCGUUUGGCAGACAAAAGGAUGGUAGGUUGGACGUGAGGACGUGCAGGCAGGUCCCAUCGAGUGUCCCAGUGUUGAAGUGGAACGAGCAGAACUGCCUGAGUGGGAUGGAAGGAGGGUCUCUGUUCCCGCAGCCUGCCCGGUGACUUGAAGACUUGCUCUCUGUUGCAUUGAGUGGGAGAACGCAGGCAACAGUUAGUCAAAUUUCAGGUGUAACCUAUGUUACCGGCGCUGUCAGAAAAGGAAUGGAAACAAAAUGCCCUGCUUCUGGCUCUUUUUUUUUUUUUUAACAUGUGUGCUUCAAGAUCAUACUGUAAUACUUAUUUUUCUUCCUCAAAGAAACCAGAACAAGCUGUGUUUGCAAAGGAAAGAUUUUACACGUUUCUGUUGCUGUGUUUAACUGCAGAGCGCCGGCAUUGUGGAAUGAAAGCACUCGUGGGUGGUUCUUGUGCGCAAACCUUAGCGCCCGAGGUGGCUGUUGAAUUGUGAACCUCUUAUCUCGGGGUUGAAAUGUUUGUUAAUGUUGUAGCCAUUAAAGCUGGUAAAACAAACUUUUCUCCUUGGUACGCCUUACUUUUAUGAUUUCUUGUUACUGCUUGUGUGUCAGUGUCCAGGUAGAAAGUUUAGAGGGAAAAUAAAAGUAUAUUAGUGAGAGAAAUAAGAACCAAGGGAAGCAAAAAGUCACGCCUAAAACAGGUGGCUGGCCGUUGUAGCUGCCCUUACUUCCUAGACACUUUUUCUCCAGGCAAACAAAUUGUUAUGAAACUGCUAAAACUUGGAGUAAAACUACUCAAAUCCUUCUGAAUAUUUUCCCAGAGACUUCUACCAGGACCUCACCCGUGAGGAUCACGGGACCUGUUGCAGGAAUGUUGUUGCUCACCAUUGUCCAUAGCCUUUGUGCAGAACUCGCUGUCUCUGCCGGUGCGGUGCCAGCAUGUGUCACCUGUAUCUUCUGUAGUAAAUUCUGAAGCACUGCUAGGUUAUGCCACUGAUGUAGCUGAUUUUAUUGUGAAAUAAGCAGCCAAGAAUAACCCUUUCAGAUCUGACUUGCUCGUAAAUUUUUUUGGCAGUCAGCUCCUUUGUUGCAUCUCCCUCAAACAACUUCCUUGACCUAAAGUCAUGCUUUGAUAACACCCACAUCUAGAGUUUAACUAUUGUAUCUGCCUUUGUCCUGAAGGCAACGUGUUGCUCCUUUGUAAGUCGUGUUUGUAUUCAAGCUUGUGGCAAAAGAUAAUGACUUUCUGUGAGGGUAAUCACAAAAAGCAUUCAGUUCGGGGGACAAUUGGAACUGAUUUGUAGUUACCGGGUUCCGAUCUCUGCAGCUACAGGGCCAGUGAAUGCCAGUAGUGCCAUUGCUGUCACAAAGCACGACUGCUUUUACUUAGGUUGUUGGAAAUUGGAAUGCGUGUGCAGGUUCCCUGCUACUGGCAGGGCUGAGCAGGACACGGGGAGAAGCUUAUGGGAUAUACAGUUGAACAAAUGUGUGAUUGAAGACCAUGGGAAUAUACAAAAAUGUUGACUUGGGGCUAGCCAGAAGAAAUAAUUGUACUGUGAGCUCCUUUUGCACCAAAUAGAGUGACAGGGAUAAACAGACUAAAUUGUUCCCAUUGCAUGCCUGUGGCUGCUAGUAAAGGAAGUACUGUGCGCAGUAACUACAGCUCCAGCUGUGUUUAAAAAAAAAAAAGUUAUCCUUUUUAAUCCCUGUUUAAGCUAUUGCUAAUAUUUCUUACAUGUUAGGCUCUUUCAGAGGUGACUCGAAAGAAGAAUGUGUCUCAGGUUAGUUUAAGAACCAUUCUGUCCUUCCUACAAGCUCCCGUGGCUGAAGUUACUGGCAGAGUUCCCUGAAAUGGAGGCUUACGUUGAGAAGACAAAAAGUUGUGGUGAAGAAGGGGAAAAAGAUACCGGUCGAAGACUGAGCUUUGACGUUUGUUUCAUGAAAGAGGUUUACAAGUAGUUGUCUUAUAAUAACUUUGAGAAGAAGUUCUAUGUAGCUCUUACUUUCAAGAGUGCUGCAAAAAUGAUUACUUCAGAUUUGCCAGUACUACAGGAUUCUACAAAUGAAACUACUGCACAUUCAGAUGCUGGCAGUGAGCUUGAAGAAACAGAAGUCAAAGGAAAAAGAAAAAGGGGCCGUCCUGGCAGGCCUCCAGUUUUCUUUGCCCAGUCUGCCGCUAAGAAACCUCGGAAGUCUCCAGGAGACAAAGGUCGUUUGGAGGCUGGAGCCAGAGGAGCAAGUCGUGGAAGAGCUAAUGGCCACCCUCAGCAGAAUGGAGAAGGGGACCCUGUCACUUUGUUUGAGGUGGUUAAGCUGGGGAAGAGUGCUAUGCAGUCUGUGGUGGACGACUGGAUUGAAUCAUAUAAACAAGACAGGGACAUAGCACUUCUGGAUUUAAUCAACUUCUUUAUCCAGUGUUCAGGAUGUCGAGGUACUGUAAGAAUUGAAAUGUUCAGGAACAUGCAAAAUGCAGAAAUCAUAAGGAAAAUGACAGAAGAAUUUGAUGAGGACAGUGGUGAUUACCCACUUACCAUGCCUGGGCCACAGUGGAAGAAGUUUCGAUCCAAUUUUUGUGAGUUCAUUGGAGUGCUCAUUCGACAGUGUCAGUAUAGCAUCAUCUAUGAUGAAUACAUGAUGGACACAGUGAUUUCUCUUCUGACUGGUUUGUCAGAUUCCCAGGUCCGGGCUUUCAGGCACACCAGUACGUUAGCUGCUAUGAAGCUUAUGACUGCUCUUGUGAAUGUUGCCUUAAACCUGAGCAUUCAUCAGGAUAAUACACAGAGGCAGUACGAAGCUGAGAGAAACAAAAUGAUUGGCAAAAGAGCUAAUGAAAGAUUGGAGCUGCUGCUUCAGAAAAGAAAAGAGCUACAAGAAAACCAAGAUGAAAUCGAAAAUAUGAUGAACUCUAUUUUUAAGGGUAUAUUUGUUCAUAGAUACCGUGAUGCUAUUGCUGAGAUUAGAGCUGUCUGUAUUGAAGAAAUUGGUGUCUGGAUGAAAAUGUACAGUGAUGCCUUCCUGAAUGAUAGCUAUUUAAAAUAUGUUGGUUGGACACUACAUGACAGGCAAGGUGAAGUGAGGUUGAAGUGUUUGAAAGCUCUUCAGAGUCUGUAUACCAACAGAGAGUUAUUUCCAAAACUGGAGCUGUUCACUAAUAGAUUCAAGGAUCGCAUUGUAUCAAUGACACUUGAUAAGGAAUACGAUGUUGCUGUGGAAGCCAUUCGAUUAGUCACGCUAAUACUUCAUGGAAGUGAAGAAGCUCUGUCAAAUGAAGACUGUGAGAAUGUUUAUCACUUGGUAUAUUCAGCACACCGGCCUGUUGCAGUAGCAGCUGGAGAAUUCCUUCACAAGAAACUGUUCAGCAGACAUGAUCCCCAAGCUGAAGAGGCUCUAGCAAAGAGGAGGGGGCGAAAUAGUCCAAAUGGAAACCUCAUUAGAAUGUUGGUUCUUUUCUUUCUUGAAAGUGAGUUGCAUGAACAUGCAGCCUACUUGGUGGACAGUUUGUGGGAGAGCUCUCAAGAACUGUUGAAAGACUGGGAAUGCAUGACAGAAUUGCUCUUGGAGGAACCAGUCCAAGGAGAAGAAGCAAUGUCUGACCGGCAGGAGAGUGCUCUUAUUGAACUGAUGGUGUGUACAAUCAGACAAGCUGCUGAAGCACACCCUCCAGUAGGCAGAGGCACUGGCAAAAGAGUCUUGACAGCAAAAGAAAGAAAAACGCAGAUAGAUGACAGAAAUAAAUUGACUGAGCAUUUCAUUAUUGCACUUCCUAUGUUGCUUUCAAAGUAUUCCGCUGAUGCAGAGAAGGUUGCAAAUCUCCUGCAAAUCCCUCAGUAUUUUGAUCUGGAAAUCUAUAGCACUGGCAGAAUGGAAAAGCAUCUGGAUGCCUUACUGAAACAGAUUAAGUUUGUUGUGGAAAAGCAUGUGGAAUCGGAUGUUCUUGAAGCCUGCAGCAAAACCUACAGCAUACUCUGUAGUGAAGAAUAUACAAUCCAAAACAGAGUUGACAUAGCCCACAGCCAACUUAUUGAUGAAUUUGUGGAUCGAUUCAACCAUUCUGUAGAGGAUCUGCUGCAGGAGGGAGAAGAAGCUGAUGACGAUGACAUAUACAAUGUUCUUUCAACAUUAAAGAGGUUAACCUCUUUUCACAAUGCUCACGAUCUCACAAAAUGGGAUCUGUUCAGUAACUGCUACAGAUUACUAAGAACUGGAAUUGAACACGGAGCUAUGCCAGAACAGAUAGUUGUUCAGGCACUGCAGUGUUCGCAUUACUCUAUUCUCUGGCAGCUGGUAAAAAUCACUGAAGGCUCCCCUUCCAAAGAGGACUUACUGGUAUUGAGGAAAACUGUGAAAUCCUUUCUGGCUGUCUGCCAGCAGUGUCUAUCAAAUGUCAACACUCCAGUAAAAGAACAGGCUUUCAUGUUGCUUUGUGAUCUCUUGAUGAUUUUUAGUCAUCAGCUGAUGACUGGAGGUAGAGAAGGUCUUCAGCCUUUGGUGUUUAAUCCAGACUCAGGCCUUCAGUCAGAACUUCUCAGUUUUGUGAUGGACCAUGUCUUCAUUGACCAAGAUGAUGAAAACCAGAGCAUGGAGGGAGAUGAAGAAGAUGAAGCUAACAAAAUAGAAGCCUUACAUAAGAGAAGAAACCUCUUGGCUGCCUUCAGCAAGCUGAUAAUUUAUGACAUUGUGGACAUGCAUGCAGCAGCUGAUAUCUUCAAACACUAUAUGAAGUACUACAAUGACUAUGGAGAUAUCAUUAAGGAAACCCUGAGCAAAACAAGGCAAAUUGAUAAAAUCCAGUGUGCAAAGACACUCAUUCUCAGUUUGCAACAGCUGUUCAAUGAGCUUGUUCAGGAGCAAGGUCCUAAUUUGGACAGGACAUCUGCCCAUGUUAGUGGAAUUAAGGAAUUGGCCCGUCGGUUUGCUCUCACUUUUGGCUUGGAUCAGAUCAAGACAAGAGAGGCUGUGGCCACACUACACAAAGAUGGAAUAGAGUUUGCCUUCAAAUAUCAGAAUCAAAAAGGACAAGACUAUCCACCUCCUAACCUUGCAUUCCUUGAAGUGCUUAGUGAAUUUUCUUCUAAACUCCUGCGACAGGACAAAAAGACUGUUCACUCCUACUUAGAGAAGUUUCUGACAGAACAGAUGAUGGAAAGAAGAGAAGAUGUAUGGCUUCCACUAAUUUCCUAUAGAAACUCACUAGUUACGGGUGGCGAAGACGACAGAAUGUCUGUUAACAGCGGAAGCAGCAGCAGCAAAGCCUCUUCGGUGAGAAAUAAGAAAGGGCGACCGCCGCUACACAAAAAGAGAGUAGAAGAUGAGAGUCUAGAAGGCUCAUGGCUGAACAGGAAUGAAAACAUACAUACUCCAGGGACACUGCAAGCACCACAGCUCACCUCAACUGUCUUGAGAGAGAACACUAGACAAAUGGGAGAGCAGAUCCAGGAGCACGAGUCAGAGCAGGGAUCUGAACAAGAUUUUUUACACAAUCCCCAGAUGCAGAUAUCUUGGUUGGGCCAACAGAAGCUAGAAGAUUUAAAUCGAAAGGACAGGACAGGAAUGAACUACAUGAAAGGGAGAACUGGUGUAAGGCAUGCAGUACGAGGUCUAAUGGAAGAUGACGCUGAGCCCAUCUUUGAAGAUGUAAUGAUGUCUUCACGAGGUCAGCUAGAGGACAUGAAUGAGGAAUUUGAGGACACAAUGGUCAUUGAUCUGCCACCUUCAAGAAACCGACGAGAACGGGCUGAACUGAGGCCAGACUUCUUUGACUCCGCAGCUAUCAUUGAGGAUGAUUCAGGAUUUGGAAUGCCUAUGUUCUGAAGUCUGCUGAAGACAUUUUACAAAUUUGGAACUCUAUUGUUUAGAGCUAGAGGCCUAUAUACUGUGAUAGCUUGUAUGAAAACCACAUUUUUGAUGUGAUACGGUUUGAUUUUUAACCAAAUGAUUAAGGUCAAUCCCUUUUUGUAGUGACAGAAAGAAGAGGAACUUCUUAAUGACACAAAGGAAUGUUGGCCAAUCCAGUCACCUCAGAAAGGCUGACCUAAAAAAUCAUUUGUAUCCCUGUUCUUGACUGUCCUAAUACAGAUUUUUUUUUUUCUGGAUGAGGAAGAAGUUUUAAAUUGUUAAGACAGCUGUCAAAAUAAACACUGUUCUACAUAUGUUUUCUGAAAACAACAUUGAGUGAAAACAGAACUUUUUACCUUUAUUUUUCUGCUGUACAAUUUAAAACAGUUUUAACAUUUGCCUUUUUAUGUUUUAAAAGCUAGCCAUUUUUAUUAAACCUAUGCCUAUCAGCCAUUGACUAGCAAUGAUGCUAUAAGCAGGUCAUUCUGGCUACAGAAAAGUGUUUUUGAACACACUGGAUUUGAUUAACAUUAUGGUACGCUUAUGUCCUCUCAUAGGCAUUGAGAAGAACACUCUUAUAGAAGAGGUUAGAAUUCUAAUGACGUGCAUCUCUGCCAAAAAAUUUCAGAUUCUGAUAUGAUAAACCCAGAUUUUAUACUCUUGAGAAGAUUUAUUUUUAUUUAUAAUGGGACAUAAAGUAAGAGAUGUCCAUGAAGCCACUUUUCCAACAGAUGCUGUGUAACAUUCAUUUUAUAUAGCACAUGGGGACACAAAAACAGUAAAUUUUCUAUUGGUACUUGCUCUGUGCAUUUUUAGCAACUUAUACCAGCAAAUAAAGUAUUCUCAGUAAAACACACAAAUGGUUCUCAAGUAAUCACUUUGCUGUUUUUACUACCUACUUCAAGCCCUGCCAGUCCAAGGUACAUAAACAGCAACUUUCCUAUUUAAAAAAACAAAACAAAGCAAAACAAUAAUUCAAGGGUGGGGAAAAGGAAUCACUUUAGCAUACUAAAAGCAAUUUUAACUGUACCAUAAAAAAGUCUACUUUCCAUGCCGUAAAUACCCUUUUGCGCUAUUUUUGUAAAUUAAUUUUGCCAGUUAGAAGUACUGUAUGUGCUGCAUAGAAAUUUGUGCUUAGAUGGUGAAGUUCUUAAGCUUACAAUGGAAUACAGCUACAUUUUCAGUGUUAACUGUGCAUAUUGAGAGUAAUUAUUUGAAAAAAAUACGAUUUUUCAAAAAAGUAAAAAAGUCAAAAAAAAAAAAAACACAAAAACCCAAAACAUUCUCAGCUAAUUCAUUGUAAUAAGAGAUUUUUCAAUGUCUUCAAUAAUUUGGAAUUUCAUUAUGCUUCGAUUUUAUGACUCUGCCUAGUAGCUGCUACUUAGUUAAUACUGGCCUGAUAUCAGAGGUGCUGGCCAUCCACAACUUGCACUGACUCUAGUAUCUCUAAGAAUCAGCCCCAAAAUGUUAAUCUUCCUUUCUGCAUUAUAAUGUUAGCAUUUGAGAUACAAAGCAGAUUGACCCACUUGGAGCACAGCAGUUUUAGAGGUGCUUUUUUUUUUUUUUUUUUUUUAGCAACAGCAAAAUAAUCAUGGAGCUUUUUUUGUUUUACAAGCUUAUUUAAAAACAAAACAACAUUAAUACCCAGUGCUUACUUGCUGGGAGGGAAAAGAAUCUAAAAACAAACCAGCAUUUCACAAAGCUGAGGUUUGUUUUUUUUUACAACAUGUGCAGUUCUCAGACAGAAAAAAAUGUUGCCAAAAAUGUUUGACUAGGUAAUUCAGCCAUUCCUCUGAAAUCGGUUGGGUAAUGUAUAAAACAUGAGAAGUGGCUGAAACUUAAUAAAAUAACAUUACCUCCCUUUCUCUUCUGUCCAUCCCAAAGGUAAUAGGGGUGGGUAGGAAUGGCUGCAUUAAAUUGUCAUCACGAUAACUCUGUGAGCAUAGUAGCAUAAUAAAUGCUGCCCGGUUUGAGUCAUAGUCUCAGACGAACCUUGUGCUUCACAGUCCUCUGUGUGGAAAACUGAUUCCUAAUUUAACAUUGUAGAAUACUGUAUAACAAACAUUUAUUAUCACGGUACCUGCAAUGGGUUUCCAGUUCAGUUUGCAGUCAAUAGGUUUUUGUAUUAUGAGUGUCUCCUUGAUUGGUUUUGCUAGUAAUUCUGUAAAUUGUACAUUUACAAUAUGAGGUUUUUUUUUUUCCUUUUGUACAAUUUAAAACUGAUGCUUCACCUUUCAUUUAAUAAACUAUUCAAAAUCAUGAGUA